UCAUCUUGCGCAUGCGCGAACGCGCGCGGAAAUUCAAAAGUUGUUCCUUCAGUUGAACGAAGCGCGUUGUUAAAAACAGCCGUGUGUUUAUUUUAGGUUUAUUUUAGGUUUAUUUUGUCUCCGUGUCUCUGUUUCAGUCUCUGAGGAGGAUGGAAGAGAAGACGGAUAAAAACCCAAAGAGACCGAGAGACCCGCUGGAGGAGAACAUCUCAGCUUCUACUGAACUGGAGGCAGUGUUAAAGAGGAGGCGCUUGGCUGCAGGAGGAGUUGAGAAUCAUAAUCCUGAGCAGCGAGCACUGAGGUCUCCGGCCCGGUCACGCCGCCUGGAGUCAGAGGUGAAACCGGACACACCCGCUAUCGCAUCGGUCCGACUCCGAGUUCAGCAGUUCACCCAGAGACGGGAUGUUGGAGCUACUCUGGUCCAGCGCUGUAUGUCAGAUCCUGGAACAGAGAGUCCCUCCAGUACUUUACUGCAAGAUGUUUGUCACAUCGGUGAAGGAGAGUUUAGCUCUCGGGUGGAGCGCUUUAAGGCACCGACCCCAGAGAGCAGCCCCAUCCCGACCACACCCAGCACACGGCAGCUUUCAAGCUUUGUCCACAACAUGCAGCAGCAGCUUAACACCACCAUGACCCCCAGCACCAAGGAGGUGUCCCGCAUACGGCAGGCUCGAGAUGAUGAGCUGAAGUCCCUCAGAGUGAAGCCGCUCACAGAGAACAUGUGGCUCAAGAGGAGCUUCUCUGACCCCUCACUGACGGAGAGGGUUACACCUCACAGCAGCUCUUGUGUUUGCCAGAGGACCAGAAAAAUCCCUUGGCCUCCAUUACAGUUUGAGAACGACGAUCAAGAACCUGAGUGCAGUUUAAACUUCAGUGGCAUGAACGAGAUGACAGGAGACAGUUUCAGUGGCUCGUCUACCUUCACUGCAGAGACGCAGCCUUCUGCUACAGAGCUUUGUCCUCCAGAAUCUGUGGCGAGUCCACAUGAGGGAAUGAGCACGUCUGCCUUAAUCGACAAGAUGUUUGAAGACGUCUUGCAGGCUGCUGACAGAGAAGAGGAGGAAGAGCAAGAGGAGGAAGAGCAAGAGGAGGAAGAGCAAGAGGAGGAAGAGCAAGAGGAGGAAGAACAAGGGAAUGACCGCCUGGUCUCUGAGAGUAAAGAGGACACUAACGUGGAGACUGCUGAGACUGAGUCGAAGGUGAAAUCGCCGAAACCCAGCUUUGGAGGAGAUGAAGAACAGAAAGAGUGCAAGAACUCCAAUGAAAAAGAAGUGACUGGAGACAUAGAGGAGAGUGCAGUGUGUAAUGAGGAAGACUUCCUGUCUCUCCCACCAAGCUGUGUCCUCUCUCCUCUCAGCAAGUCUGUGGAAGCUGUCGUCACCCCUAUGAGGUUGACUACAACUGUGCCUCCACCCAUGGUGCCAUGUGUUCCUGCAGAGGAUGUGGCCACGCCCCCUGCUCCACCCCUAUACAGUAUCGAUGCAUACCGAUCUCAGAGGAAGAUCCCUCCUCCUCCUCCUCCGUCCUCUCAGAGCGUAACUCCUGGUGUUCAGAAGCAGUGUGCCGAGCAAUCUGACGUCAAACCAGCCAUUAACACCAAGGAAACUAUAAAGGCUCACAGUGAAGACGUUUCCAAGUUACAGACUAUUAUAAACCAGACUCUUCAGGCCCUGAGCUGCUGCAGUGAUGAAGAACACGGUAAAGGGUCACUGCAGGAGGCAGAAGCUGAGAAACUUCUGCUAGUUUCCAGUGAGAAACACGCAGCUCUGCUGGCUGAGAUCAGUCGCCUGAGAGAGGGCGGAGCAGGAACACAGCCGGUCUCCCACCCUGACCACCUGCAGCCCUGUAGAGGCACCAUCAGCAUCAACGACAUCCAGCUGCCCCUCAAGGUGGAGUUCGUGUGCUCCGCCCACACUGCUCGUCCUACUCACUACUUUUUCAUACUGAUCCGUUAUGGAGCGUGUAACAUCGUGGCCACUCCACUGGCUACUGCUGCUGAUGCUGAGAACGGAGACACCAUCGCCUUUUCUACCUCCAUCACACUACAGGACAUUCGUGCUAAUUUUGAGAUUGAUGUUGAAGUCUACAGUCUGUGUAACAGUUCCUCUAGUAGCAGCAGUGCUAAUGUUCAACAGCAGCCUCGCAGCUCCAACAGAUCAAAAGCAACUCCAAGGAAGAUACUCAGCAGCAUUAAGAAAUCCAACCCAUCUUCCAUUUCUGGAGCUUCAUCUUCUCUGGAUCCGCGCCGCUCCAGCAGCUUCUCUUUAGUGGGUUCUCAUAAGAUCACCCUUUCCUCACUAGGGCAGAGCAAGUUCCCGCUGGACAAGAUGAAGUUUGAGGGCAAAAUCAGGCGGCUCCUGGGAGAUGAGUUUCAGGAAAAGGUCCCCUUCCUGUCUCCUCUGGAGGGUCACAUCUACUUGCGUCUGCACAGUGAGAGUCAUUCCAAUGUACAGCACCAAGGAUUUCUGACAAUGUUUGAGGAUGUGAGUGGAUUUGGAGCGUG